AUGAGGAAGAGACAAGUGGUUGUGAGAAGAUCAGAGGAACCACAAAGAAGUGUUGUGAAGUAUGGAGAGUGUCAGAAGAAUCAUGCAGCAAAUGUUGGAGGCUAUGCUGUUGAUGGUUGCAGAGAGUUCAUGGCAAAUGGUGAAGAAGGAACAGAUGGAGCUCUCACUUGUGCUGCCUGUGGUUGCCACAGAAACUUUCACAAAAGAGAGUUAGUUGAAACUGAAUCUGUUUCUGAAUGUUCAAAUGGUACUUGA